CGCCAUUAUUUAAAACAGUUUACUGCUUGUCCAUGUGGAGUUGAUAAACGCGCGCUUUCUUAUUGCGCCCAUCAUUUUGUGUAUUUUUCUAAGUAAUAAAUAUAAUUAAAAAUUAAUAACUAAAUAAAUAAGUUGUCUACUUUUUUGAAAACCGGAAAAAAUAUAAUUGUUAAUAAAUUAUUCAUCGUAACAACUAUUUUACAUGUUGAUGUCUAUUUAAUUUAUUGAAUUUUUUGAGGUUAUAUAAACCAAAAAGCAAACAAUUUUUCAAAUAUUAUUAUUAUAAUAAAAUAAAAAUGUCAUCAACAAAUGAAAUCAAUCAUGAGUCCAAGUGCGAUGAAGAGGGAAAAAACAAAUUCAGAAUAUAUUGCCAAUCUUGUCCAUCAAUUAUUUUAAAUCCAAGAGUCGGCACUUUUGUUUCUCGUGAGUUUUCAUUGCCGCUUAUGCACAAGAACAGAUAUGUCAAUGAUAAAAAUACUGAUGAUCAACCUGAAAAUGCAACAACAAAGUCAUCAUCUAUUGAAGUUGAAAAUUUGAAUGAUUAUUGGCAAGUCGAUGAUAUGUUUCAAUUUGAAAAUAUAAGUGUCACACAGAAAGUUGAUCAAAUAAAAUACUUAGCGUGUGCUGAUUGUGAAUUAGGUCCAGUUGGAUAUCAUGAUAUUGCUACAAAAAUUUCUUAUAUUGCUUUAUCACGAGUAAUGUAUGAAGAUUAUUAAUGGAACUCAAUGAUUUUUUUACACUGGAUAUUUUUUUAACUUCUCACUAAAAACAUUGUCAAUACUUUUUAAUCAAUUAUUCUAAUAAAUGAAAACAAAAAGCAAAUAUUUGAAUACAUAUUCAGAACAAGGUAAAUAAAUAUACGAUCAAGUAAAACAA